GAGGAGGAAAGCAGGGUGUCGUGACGAAUCGCGAGGAAGAAAACGGAAAGAUCGGGAACGCGGUAUCGACACACGGUUAAACCACACCCCGGUGUGACGAGAUUUGACCAGCCAUUAGAUUCGAGCAGGGUAAGGAGAAGAGGCGGGACGAUGCUGGUCGAUCCCGGAGAAUUUCCACGGUCUCUAAUUGGUCGGUUUCUCGUCGAAAAUAAUCCAUCUGGGUGUAACCAGCUGCUAAACGUAGCUCGUAAAGUGUUUGAACGUAGCUGGCUAGGCGUGUGGGUUUUGGCGGUCGUGGAACGUGGUCCUACCGAGCGCGAGCGCGAGCGCGAGCGCGAGUGCGAGCGUGAACGCGAAUGCGAACGUGGCCGCUUAGGAAAGUCGACGAGAGCGUGUUCUCUUACGAGAGGAGAGCUUGCGGGCCGCAUUCGCGCACGUUUCAGGGCCACGCGCCGGCUGUCGGAAAGCUCUCGUCGCACUCUGUGCCGUGACGGUUUCAUUUUGCGCUUUUCACUUCACUUCACUUCACUCCGCUUCGUUAAAAACUGCCACUCGUCUCGUACACCUUCGGUUAUCGAUCGUCAAUCUUCUUCACACAUUCACACAGAUCUGUACGAUAUUGUACAUUUGCACUCGAUUUUCCGAACAACGUGCGUGUAUCUUUCGUUCGCGUGGCCAUCAUCUUCAGUGGGUUUCGAUUUGUCUGAAAAUCGAGCCCGGUCGUUCGAUCGAUCGAUCCUUCGACAGGUCGUUAACGAGAACGGAAAUGGUAACCGGAACGUGGCCGUUGCUCGCGACGAUCGCGAUCGCUCGUCGCGAUACGUGGUGCUGCUCUCGACGUGAGAAUUGAUCGUAUCGCGAAUCACGAGGCUGCCCCGCGGAAACGUAUUGGCGACGGAAGUGUCCAAGACGUGUUCCGCUUGGUUUCAAACCAAGGAAAAGGAAGAGGUGGAAGGGGCAGAAAAGGAGAGAGAGAAGAAGAAGAAGAAAGAGAAAAGAGACCGCGCGAAGAAGAGCCUCGUAUCGAUGUGUCUCGCGAAAAACGAUGACUCUCGUGACAGACACGGUGUCUUACGCUUGUCAACCGGUUGGUAGACAAUCCUACGACGUUUAUCGCCACCAUCACCUACAACUUCGUCACCAUCAUCAUUUGCAUCGUUACUAUCACCAUCGACAUCACUAUCAUUAUCACCAUCAUCAUCAUCAUCAUCGUAGACGACGAGACACGUACGCGUCUACCGAUGAUCCAGCGAUCGAGUGCCUGCAAGGAUACCUGUCCGAGGGAAACGUGGAAGAGGAACCGGGCAACCGAGUGAUCGAAACAGCCGAGAACGACUCCGCGUUAGGAUCUACCAGCUCUCAUCGUUAUCGUUCGCGGUGGGUCGAUAGGUCGCGAGCGUCGAAGUACGCUGUGGACUCGGACGACGCGUCGUCUGUCGUAUCAGUGGAUGCCUCGGCCGAUCUCGGCGAGUCCGGCUCCGUGGAGGAGAGCACCGAGGGUAACGAAUCGAACGAGCCAAUCGAACCUAACGAAUCGAGCGAAAGAAGCAACGAGUCGAACGAGCACGAGCACGAGCACGUGCCACAUCCUCACGCGGCUCUAGACACCGCUGACACCGCCUCGACCCACGGACCACGCCGGUGUCUGCUCUGGGCUUGCAAAGCCUGCAAGAAGAAGACCGUCACCGUCGAUCGAAGAAAAGCUGCUACCUUGCGGGAAAGAAGGCGUCUGAGAAAGGUGAACGAGGCGUUCGAAGUUUUGAAAAGGAGAACGAGCAACAAUCCUAAUCAGCGAUUGCCGAAAGUGGAAAUUUUACGGAACGCGAUCGAGUACAUCGAAGGUCUGGAGGCGCUGUUGCAGAGCAACAGAUCUUCCGUGACUCAGGAUCAUGAUUCGACCGACAACGCGUCGGAUGCAGCUUCUCCGCGAUACGUGACAGAACGACUGAGACAGUUCUCGGACCCUCUGGCGAGGUUUCAACCCAUCAACGGUUUCGAGGGAACGGUGGAACCGCAAUCGUCCCAGCUCAGCGGAAGCAGCUUGGAUCGGCUCAACAUGAUCGUCCAGAGCAUCAACGGACCAGCUCGCGGUACCACCGACACACUCCGAUAUUCUUCGCAACAGUGACACAUCGAUCCAAGAAAGGAAAUGUACGAUCUUUCUCAAUUCACUCUGUUCCUGGAACCACCGUUGAUGCACAUCAUCGAGUGGACAUGUCAAGUUCCUAAAAUGCAUCGGCGUAAACGCAUGCCUCCUUCCCUCUGCAAUGUCGCUUCGUUCGAGAUAAUUUUGCUAUUAAUUAUCUCUUUGUAUAUAAAUUCACGUGUAUAGAUACGUGCAUGCACAUAUAGCGACGGACAAAAAGAGAUCAGGACCGAUACUAUUUGUUUGCCUGUAUGACAUUGGUAUAUGCGUAAUAUAUGCGUAAGAAUUAGCAACUUUUGUACUAAAUGAGACGCGCAGAUAUACAUUAUAUCUAUUCAAUUGCUUUUCUUAAAUAUAACUCCAUUUUAUAAAAUCA